GUUCUUCCCCAGAAAGUUUCGCUGGACGACAAAAAAGAAGGAAAAGGGGAGGUGGUGGGUGGAGGGGAUUACACAUCACAUUGUGGGUUUGCUUCUGCUUUGUGGUUGGAUGAAUUGCUGUUCAGUACCAGGAUAUUUAGUUUGCUAGUGUUUCUUCACACUGCAAGGAUCACAGCUGCAGGAAGAUCACGGCAAGUGGCUUCUGGGACUGACGAAACAGAGCUAUGAACAUGCAUACUAAUGGCAUGAGAAGGGAUGUGUCACUGCCAGGAUCGGGAUUACUGUGGUGGUAAAUGAAGAAAAAGUAACACUGGAUUGGUGACAUCAACGUCUACUGUCCACUAGCCAUGGGGAGUGCACUGGAAAUGCAUGGAUGGACUGGAAAAAUGAGCUACCUGAGUGUUUUGGCUGUGAUGAUGGUCUUUUCUAGGGUUUCUGGUGGGCUGUUGAGUCAUACGAGCCACCCACACAGUCUGAACAGCCAACAGUCGGGCCAGAGGUCCCUUUUGCACCAUCGCCUGAGGAGGGGUUGGAUCUGGAAAGAGCUGUUUGUCCCAGAGGAAGAUCCCACUCCUCGUGUGAUUGGCCAGCUAAAAUCGGAUUAUGACCGAGGAGAGUUUACCAUCAAGUACAUAUUAUCAGGAGAAGGUGCUGGAGAUGUGUUUGAGAUAGAUGAGUAUUCUGGCGAGAUCCGGACGCUGAAGAAGCUGGAUCGGGAGGAAAAGGCCUCCUACAUCCUUCAAGCCCAGGCUAUAAACAGGAACACCAACGAGCCCGAGGAGCCUCAGUCGGAGUUUAUCAUCAAGGUGCAGGACAUCAACGACAACAGCCCUCAGUUCCAGAACGAACCGUAUGUGUCCAGCAUCCCCGAGAUGAGUCCAGUCGGGACCACAGUGGCCCAGGUGACAGCCACAGAUGUGGAUGAUCCCAUGUUCGGAAACAACGCCAAGCUCAUCUACUCCAUCCUGCAGGGGGAGCCCUACUUUUCCGUAGAGCCAAAGACAGGGAUUGUUCUAACGUCGUGGCCUAAUAUGGACCGUGAAGUCCAGGACGAGUACCUGGUGGUGGUUCAGGUGAAGGAUAUGCUGGGCCUGAGCGGCGGUUACUCCACCUCCACCACGGUUACCGUCAGCUUGACUGAUGUCAACGACAACGGACCCACAUUCCAGCAGCAUCUAUACACAUUUGCCAUUCCUGAAAAUGCAGCAGUGGGCACCACGGUGGGCAGAAUUAUGGCGGGGGAUGGAGACGUUGGCAUCAACGCCAGAAUGACUUAUAGUCUGGAGGAGGACCUGGAAGGAAGCUCCACGUUUAUUAUCCAAACAGACCCGGUGACGCAGGCAGGAGUGGUUCUGCUGGCCAAGCCUUUGAACUACGAAUCCAAGAAACGUUAUGUCAUGGCGGCAGAGGCAGUUAACGAUCACAUUGACACCCGCUUUCUGCCACUGGAAGAGUUCAGGGACAGGACGACUCUGAAGAUCCUCGUGGGGGACGUGGAUGAGCCGCCCGUCUUCCUCUCCUCAGUCUACGAGUGGAAUGUUCCUGAAAACGCAGCGGUGGGAACGGUGUUUGGCAGCAUUAGUGCCAGAGACACUGACUCAUUCAGCAGUCCUAUCAGAUACUCGAUUGACAAAAGGACUGAUGCCACAAAAGCUUUCAAAAUAGACCCAAACAAUGGAACCAUCGCUGUUGCUAAAGCUUUGGACCGAGAGACAACAGAGUGGUACAACAUGACGGUCGAAGCCAAGGAAACAACGCAGAACCAUUUAUCCUCCUCUGUGGUGGUGUUCAUCAAAGUGCUGGACAUAAACGACAACGUGCCAAGGCUUGCGAGGGAUUACCAGCCAUAUAUCUGUGAGGGCACACAGGCGGGAGAUCUUAUUCAGCUUCUCAGUGCAGUCGAUCCAGACGAGCCCACGGAGGGACACCACUUCUAUUUCUCCAUGGUGCCGGAGGAACGCAUCAAUCCAAACUUCACUGUCCGAGAUAAUCAAGAUAACACAGCUGGCAUCGUGGCACGUAGGAGUACUUUCACACGCAAAGAUCAGACCCAGUACCUGCUACCUGUGGUUGUGGCAGACAGUGGUCCUCCAGGCCUUUCCAGCACUUCCACUUUGACCAUUAGGGUCUGCAGCUGUCAUCCUACUGGCCACUGUCCCACAGGAGGGGUGGAGGCCCUGGCUCUGAAUAUGAGCGUCAGCAUGCAGACCUUAUUAGGGAUUCUAGUCUGCCUGGCCUCGGUUACAGUGCUGUCAGUUCUAAUGCUGAUGGUGAGGAGACAGCGGCGUAAACAGCAGGAGGAGACGGGUGUGGAGGUGAAGGAGCUGGAGCUGCCGGACGCCGUGUCACAGAAGGUGCUUUACUAUGGAGAGAAAGGAGCUGGGCGAGCUGACCUGGACUUCUGCCAGCCCGUCGUCCCCGUGCGGCCCCGUCCAAAGAAGAGGGAGAGGAGGCUACGGCGGGAGGAAGUCAGGGCCAGCAUACGAAUGUCACUCAGAGAGUCGCACCUCAUUGGCCCAGAGGACGAGGUCUUCAGGCAGUUUAUUCUGGACAGGCUGGCAGAAGCUGAUCAGGAUCCUUACGUUCCACCGUUCGACUGCCUUCGGACUUACGCAUACGAAGGGUCAGGGUCUCCUGCAGGGUCUCUGAGCUCACUGGACUCUUCAUGUUUGGAACUUGAACCUGUGCAACCUGUUAGUAAUCCCAGACCCUGCUUAAUGAGACUCACACCUUGGUACGGUGGAGUUGUGGAGGACAUGAUCUUCUAAAAACAUUUCAUACCGCUCCUCGUUUGGCUUAUCUUAGAAAGGGACAAAGACUGGGAUAUUUAAUGUCCAGUAACCACUGAGAAAAAACAUUCUGUGAAAAAACAAUCUUUUUUAAUUAAAGCCGUCACUCCAUUUUACUGCAUUUCUGAACACUUUGUUUAACCCAAUGAUAAAGAAUCUCCACCCACUUCCUGUCCUGGCCAGCAGUUCCACCAUGUUGUGUUUGUUAAAGUCAGAGGCCCAAUCCCAAUACUCGUCCUUCCACCCUUGUGUCCUUCAAUUGCGCGAUACCGACCAGGGGUGCGAGUGUUCCGAUUCCCAAGUACGGAAGUUGAUCACGCCCCUUUUGCGCCCUUGAUCCACACUUCAUCAAAGUCUGCACGUUGCUGAAGACAAAAACGGGCAUACUUGCUCACCCAGCGUUGACUCCAGUUGGGUUUUGAGAGUGAGGAACCCACCCAAUAUGGCGGCGACGCUGUCACGCGCUCCAGCGCCCAAUGGGAUGUCUAUGUAUAGGGAGCCUAAGUAAUUUCCGCAUCAUGGGUCCCCGGAAGAACGAACAAAUUAAUGCAAGUCAACGGGGCUAAAAACGCUAUUUUCGAAUCCGCUUUGCCGUACACCCUGGAUCACACAUGUUGUACUGCAAUUUAAAUGAAAAGUAAUGAUGGGUGUUCCAACCACGCCAGCCACGCACUUUGAGAUUUAUCAGCUUGUAAAAGUUCGUAAUUAGCAUGACUACAAACUAGAAAUCGGCACGUUGCACGUCACCACACAAUCUCCUCUCCUCUAGCGUAGCUGCUACUUACCAAAUGAUCAGAUUUAUGGUGGUUCUUUCCUCCUGUGGGAAGUUUGCUGAACUUACAGCCCUUUUCCCUCAGUUUUCUCCUCGUCUGGUUCGAUGAUGUCACUUUCGUAAAGCAUAUUUGUAGUCCUGGACUUAAUUUCACACCAAACCUAAAAUAUCGUUCCCCGCCCGUUCGAAAAUAAGCACGUUCUUGGUAUCAAAAUGUGUCUUUAAAAUUCAUGGACAUCAUGUGAAAUCCAUGGCACAAAACAAGCAGAAUUAGAAAAUAGCGUUUUUAGCCCCGUUGACUUGCAUUCAUUUUUUCGUUCUUCCGGGGACCCAUGGUGCGGAAGUGACUUAGGCUCCCUUUCAGAAAUGAAAGCCCGACCUACUCCCCCACAAAGAAUCCUGCUGUAUUUUAUGUAUCACAUUUAAUAUAAUAAUUUAUAAUAUUAAAGAAAGACUACUGUCUUGAUACAUUUUUAGGUGGUAUAGUUUUCUAAUGUGGACAUUAGCGGCAGUUCUAGCUCCUUAGCUGUAGGUCUCUCAGCUUAACAUGCAUCAUUCUCACUGGGCAUUUGCUGGUAAUGUAAACGUUUAUAACGGAGCUUUUGUAACCCUAACCAUGACAUUUUUAAGAUGGCUCCGCUAUAGCGAUUAGUUAGCUAACCCUCCUAAUCACAAUUACUCUUUGUUGUUCAAACAAGUAAAUAUAAUAUUUGGGCAUCACUUCUAAAUUAUCUAAACUGUUGCUUUAAUUCUUAUAUUGAUUGUUUAGGUGAAUAUUUUCUAAUUGGCAGGGACCUCUUAAAGACCAAAGGUGACAGAUCAUUUGCUGCUGUGGCCCCCAGACUCUGGAGCUCUCUACCCCGAGCCUGAGAUCAGUGGACUCAGUGGUCUC